CUCCUGAGCACCACACAAUCUUCCCUCCACUGCUGAGAGAGGAGGGGCUUGGCUUAGUGCACGCUUGCUCGGGCCUAGCUUCACCACCAGGGGCCAUCGCUGCCCUCUGCGCUCGACGCACUGUGGCUUGAUUACUCGCUUACACUCCGCAUUGGAGUGUUUUGUUUGAUUGAUCGACCAUGGCAGCGGCUUGCAGCAGCAGCGGCAGCAGCAGCCGAAUUGGGUGGUUCCAGGCUAGCUCCAGUAGCAGCAACAUCGGCAUACUGCAGCACCACCCGUGGAGAGGAUCGCAUGCCUCUUCAUUGUUUUCCUUCCCCAAGCUCGGAGCCCGGAUUGGCAGCAGCAGCGGCGGCAGUGGCAGCAGCGGCACCAGCAGCAGCAACAGGGUGAGAGUCCUGGUUUGUUGUGCGGCUGGUGGCGAUGGCAAGACGAUUGUGAUUGGUCUGGCAGCGGACUCUGGGUGCGGCAAGAGCACAUUCAUGAGGCGGCUGACGAGCGUGUUUGGGGGAGCAGCGUCGCCUCCUAAAGGUGGGAAUCCCGACUCCAACACGCUCAUCAGCGACACCACCACGGUCAUCUGCCUGGACGACUACCACUCGCUGGACAGGACGGGCAGGAAGGAGAAAGGGGUGACGGCCCUGGAUCCGAAGGCCAACAAUUUCGAUCUUAUGUACGAGCAGGUCAAGGCACUCAAGGAAGGCAAAGCUGUCCAGAAGCCCAUCUACAACCACGUAUCAGGGUUGCUUGACCCUCCGGAACUCAUCCAGCCACCUAAGAUCCUUGUCAUUGAAGGUCUCCACCCCAUGUUCGAUUCUAGAGUGAGAGAGCUCCUCGACUUCAGUAUAUACCUUGAUAUCAGCGAUGCUGUCAAGUUUGCUUGGAAGAUCCAGCGAGAUAUGGCCGAGAGGGGACACAGCCUGGAGAGCAUCAAGGCCAGCAUUGCUGCCCGCAAGCCCGACUUUGAUGCUUACAUAGACACACAGAAGCAGUACGCAGACGUGGUGAUUCAAGUGCUUCCCACGCAGCUCAUUCCAGACGACAACGAAGGCAAAGUACUUCGCGUUCGGAUGAUCAUGAAAGAGGGCGUUGACAACUUUGAGCCCGUCUACCUGUUUGACGAAGGCUCCACAAUCUCGUGGAUACCUUGCGGGAGGAAGCUCACGUGUUCUUACCCGGGGAUUAAGUUCUUCUACGGCCCAGACACUUACUAUGACAACGAGGUGUCAGUGCUGGAGAUGGAUGGACAGUUUGACAAACUGGACGAGCUCAUCUACGUGGAAAGCCACCUGAGCAACAUCUCGACCCGCUUCUACGGGGAGAUCACGCAGCAAAUGCUCAAGCACGCCGACUUCCCGGGCAGCAACAACGGCACGGGCUUGUUCCAGACCAUUGUGGGCCUCAAGAUCAGAGAUGUGUUUGAGCGCAUCACCUCCAAGCAAGGCUCCCCCGUUGGGGCGGCAGCAGCCACCUCCAAGGUCUAAUUAUUGCUGUAUCGUAUCACGUUAUCCUUUUACGAUAAAGAUGACAUAUAGAUAAAUAUAUAAUAGACCAAACCCUAUUUUCAAGUGUU